UCGUGCGUAUAUGUCCUCCGAGGUCGAGUCAGCGCACGGCCAUAUUAAAUCUCUACUCUAGACGGAAGAGACAAAAGCCACAGCAACAAAGAAUUUUUCAAGAAACGUUCGAAGAAUUAAUCAAGUUUGAAGAUUCAAAUCCUUCAAAAUUCGGAGGUGUUCCAGAAAUUUCUUCCACUAACUGUUCAGGAACUGUGACCAAGUGAGGAAAAAACGAGACAUCGCGAAGCCGAGAGUGGAAACACUUAUGGACCCUUAACGCUAUUUUGGACUUGAAAUCCUGCAUUGACUUAAGUUUGAAAUCCCUCAGUUUGGAGUUUUUCAUCAGGUUAAAGAGGAGCAAGUGACACUGAGCAAAGUUUGAAAUUCUUCAUGACGAAGAGAAUACGGGAAUUUUAAGAGCACAUUAAGAACCUUUAGCUGAGCCUUGUGCUUUUGAAUGUAAAAACUUUAUAUUUUUUUGAUGCCAAAAGGAAUACAGAGGGUACUACAGGAUUUCUGCAAUCCAGCUGUGUAAAAAAAAAAAAAAAAAAAAUUAAAAUAAAUAAAUAAAAGUGAAUACUUUGAUCUUUUUCAGGGAUAAUGUAAAAAGUGACUUUUGAAAAGCAUUAAUAGAUUUUUUGCUAACUUGCAUUUUUGAAAAUCCUUGUGCAAGACUUGAAUUUUACAAGUACCUGUUUGCUAGUUAUUUUGUACGUUGGCUCUAGGCUUGUGAUAUAUUUAUUCAUAUAAAUAUAAUUUUCUCCUAUUUUGGGAGAGCUUAUUAUAAACAAUUGUUAUACGCCAGGCACUCUUCUUUUUAAGAGGUCUGUGCGUACCAGAAACUGUUUACACAAAAGCGCAGUGAGCGUAAAGGUAAAACAGUUUUAAGAAUAGCUGAAAAGUAGCAAAAGCAGAAAAACAAAGCAAAAAGAUUAGUUUGUUUAAAACUGUUGAAGAAAAAAAAUCUGACAAUGGCUACAGCGAGAACAGAGAUCCCUGCUUCAGUCAUGCCAAUGAGCAAACAGAAUGGACAGUCCAAGCCCAUGAUCCUCCAGUCAGGGUCGCUUAGUUCCUCACAGUCAGGAAAAACACCUGUGAUGUCCCAGAAAGGAAGCAGUAUACCCCAAAGCAGUGGUGGGAUCAGGUUUGGUGAUGACUGGAAGAAGUGCCUGCAGCUUCCACCGAAAGACAUGAGAGUGAAAACCACAGAUGUGACUGCAACCAAAGGAAAUGAGUUUGAAGAUUACUGCCUUAAGAGGGAACUGCUGAUGGGCAUCUUCGAAAUGGGCUGGGAGAAGCCUUCCCCUAUCCAGGAGGAGAGUAUUCCUAUUGUCUUGUCAGGGAGGGACAUACUUGCCAGAGCUAAAAAUGGCACAGGUAAAAGCGGCGCCUACCUCAUCCCCCUCUUGGAAAGGAUUGACCUGAAGAAGGAUUAUGUUCAAGCCAUAGUGUUGGUACCAACUCGUGAGUUGGCUCUGCAGGUGAGCCAGAUAAGCAUCAACAUGAGCAAGCACCUCGGUGGCGUCAAGGUCAUGGCUACAACAGGUGGCACUAGCCUGAGGGAUGACAUUAUGCGUCUUGAUGAGACUGUACAUGUUAUAAUAGCUACCCCAGGAAGGAUCCUUGACUUGAUGAAGAAAGGUGUGGCCAAGGUUGACAAAGCUCAGAUGAUUGUGAUGGAUGAGGCUGAUAAAUUGCUUUCUCAAGACUUUGUCGUGAUCAUUGAGGACAUCAUCAGCUUUCUGCCCAAAAAACGCCAGAUUUUGCUCUAUUCUGCCACUUUCCCCAUCAGUGUGCAGAAGUUUAUGACCAAACACCUUCAGAAGCCAUAUGAAAUCAAUCUGAUGGAUGAGCUGACACUGAAAGGCAUCACUCAGUACUAUGCUUAUGUGACAGAAAGACAGAAAGUGCACUGUCUCAACACACUGUUCUCCAGGCUCCAAAUCAACCAGUCAAUCAUCUUCUGUAACUCCACCCAAAGGGUGGAACUCCUUGCCAAGAAGAUCACACAACUUGGCUAUUCCUGCUUUUAUAUCCAUGCCAAGAUGAUGCAGGAAUACAGAAAUCGUGUGUUCCAUGACUUCAGAAACGGACUGUGUAGGAACCUGGUCUGCACAGAUCUUUUCACAAGAGGAAUUGACAUCCAGGCUGUCAAUGUAGUCAUCAACUUUGACUUCCCCAAAAAUGCAGAGACAUAUCUGCACCGCAUUGGUCGAUCAGGUAGAUACGGUCAUCUGGGUCUGGCCAUUAACCUGAUCACCUCAGAAGAUCGUUUUAACCUAAAGGGCAUUGAGGACCAGCUGAUGACUGACAUAAAGCCCAUACCCAGCAGCAUUGACAAGAACCUGUAUGUGGCAGAGUUUCACUCCAUGAACCCUGAUGAAGAGGAGGCUGCUCACAAAGCAGGCGAGCUUAAUUAACCCUUACUGGAGAAUAAAGGGACCAAUGCUUGGCAUUCUGCACAGUUUCUACUGAAGAUAGACGCAAAGAUGACUUUUUUUGUUUUUGAUUUUUUGUUUAUUGUAUUUUAUUUUCUCAACAAAUGCUUCAGGGGUCUGGAACUGUCAUGGUAAAAUGUGAUCAGCUGCACACAGGUUUAGGGGCCAGUAUAAAGUCAUUAGGCUUUGUUGUUCUCGAUGGACUCAGCUUACCCCUUUUCCAUUUGGAGCACAAUAAGCCACUGUUCUUUGGACCCAGAGCACUGGCAAAGACCAUUCACCAUCCACAACUGCUGUUCAUGAGGAUUUUUUCCCCCCUUUUAUGCACCAGAACAAUGAAGUGGAAAAUACUGGCAGAAGAGGGUGCCAAAACGAAUUCCCAAGUUUUACUAGCAGUACAUUUAGUGCUGUCUAUCCAGCGCCUAAUGUGAAAGGUUGUUCCGCAUUAUAUAAUGAAUGAGUUUUAAUCAGAGCUUUACAGUUGAUCAGGGAAAACCAGGGAGGAAGUUUAACAUUUAUAAUGGUCUUCUGUUGGUUAGUCACAGCUUUGUGUGUGUAUCUUCUGGAGAGCGGAUUGUGCUUUCGUUCUAAUCCAAACAGACAACAUUUCGGCAUUUUCUAUGUCUAACUUUUGACUCGCCACAAUGUCAUCUUUCCAAAAAGUAUAUCAAAAACGUUCAACCCUUUUUUUAUUAUAUAAAGUCAGUCUCUGUCGUCAUGAUCAUUCUGACCAUCUCUGUUUCUCUAAGUGCCUUACUCUAUUAUAUACUUCCUCUGGGUAAGAGGGAGCACUAUAGGUGCGUGGUUCAAAAAAAAAAAACCUUCGCUUUGGUCAGGAUCGUCAGUGGAAGUUGUUACCUGCUCUAUUUAGACUUCUUUAAUACCUCAUCCCCGUAAAUCACUUGUUCUCUAUUUGACCCACCAGUUUGUUGGUAGUGAACCGUACCUACCUCAGCAUUGGCUGGGUGAGCAAUAGAUUUGCUUGUGUCCAACAACCAGGUACCGCAGCUCAGAUGUUUGGUGAGGCCCGACUUCAAUUUCAGCAGUUCAGCCUGCAUUUUUGAAAACUGAAGGACAGUUUAGGUUGUUCAGUGGAUACGUUUCUCUUUUUCCCCCCUUGAAACUGAGUCAGGUUUUAUUUUAUUAAAACAAUGGAAGGUGAUUUAACAGAUUAAGUUUUUCUCCUGUUGGUGUCUAAUGCACAGAAACAGACAGAGUAAUGUUUUUACAACAUAUCAGCACAAAUGCUGUGAUGAAAUGGCAGCUGUAAUAAAAUUGGUAGCUCUGGAAGUGUAAACUCUUCUGUCCCCUGUUGUAUGUGUUGAAUUGUGUUCUCUUGGACAUGUUGUAUUAAGUAGAAGCUGUAUGUUUUACUGCGAGGAUUCAUGGGAGAAUGGCCAAAGCUUUUUGCUCCAAAUGUUAAUGCCAGCCUAUCCUGUCCCUUCUCUUUUAAGCAAAAUAAAGUCCAGCAUAUUCUCCAAA